AUGCUCACCAACUCAGACCAGUCCCUGCACGUUCCACUCGCUGCCAGUCUCCGCCCACUGCCCGGGUACAGUGAGGCUCGAGUCCAGUCCUCCCUGUCCCUCCCUGAACCAGAACCAUGGCGGAGGAGCCCCACCACUGCCCGCCCCGGUCUGGCCCAAGGGAACCGCUCGUGCUCACUGCAGGUUCCCAACAUUGGACCAGAGCACCUGAGCCUUCCCCCCCGGGCAGCCAGCUUCGACUUAGCCCCCCGGGACGACUCAGACCAGGGCUCGGGGUCCCUGAGCCCCCACAGCGGUCGCCGCAGGAGGGGGGGGCUGGUGGAGCAAAAGGAUGUGAUCAUGGCUCACCAAGCACACAAGAUCCAGAGCACGCCGCAGGCUCGCAGAAAGGAGUGGGAAAUGGCUCGCUUCGGAGACGAAACGGCUCCUAGUACCGUGGACUCCGGGGAUGGCGACUUGGAGCGCGGGGGAGAUGGUCAGGACGCAGCCGCUGCUUCUGCGGGACUCACCGCUUCAAUGAAGCAAGCCAAGGCUCAGCGGGCCCGGACCAUGGCUCUGUACAACCCCGUGCCCCACCGGCAGAACUGCCUCACCGUCAACAGGUCGCUCUUCAUCUUCGCGGAGGACAACAUCAUACGGAAAUACGCGAGGCGGAUCAUCGAGUGGCCUCCAUUUGAGUACAUGAUUCUGGCCACCAUCACCGCCAACUGUGUGGUCCUGGCCUUGGAGCAGCAUCUCCCCGGAGAGGACAAGACGCCCAUGGCAAAACGACUUGAAAAGUCAGAGCCAUACUUCAUUGGGAUCUUCUGCUUCGAGGCUGGGAUAAAACUGGUGGCCCUGGGCUUUGUGUUCCAUAAAGGCUCUUAUCUGAGGAACGGCUGGAACGUCAUGGACUUCAUCGUAGUGCUCAGUGGGAUCUUGGCGACAGCUGGGGCCCAUAUGAACAUCCCAGUGGAUCUGAGGACCCUACGUGCUGUCAGAGUGCUCCGGCCACUGAAGCUCGUCUCUGGGAUCCCAAGUCUACAGAUUGUGCUGAAGUCCAUAAUGAAGGCCAUGGUCCCCCUGCUCCAGAUCGGGCUCCUCCUCUUCUUCGCCAUUCUCAUGUUCGCCAUCAUCGGCCUGGAGUUUUAUAGCGGGAAGCUCCACCACACCUGCCUGGCAUCCUUCGAUAUUCUGGACAAUGAGACGGUGGAUUCGUCGGAGCUGGCGUUUGCAUGUGGCGUGAGAAAGUGUCCGGAAAAAUACGACUGUAAUGACACGUGGAUUGGUCCCAACGAUGGCAUCACGCAGUUUGACAACAUUCUGUUUGCUGUCCUCACCGUCUUCCAGUGCAUCACUAUGGAGGGUUGGACAGCUGUGCUCUAUAAUACCAAUGAUGCCUUGGGCCCCACGUGGAACUGGCUGUAUUUCAUCCCACUCAUCAUCAUUGGCUCAUUCUUUGUACUCAACCUGGUUUUGGGUGUACUGUCUGGUGAGUUUGCCAAAGAGAGGGAGAGGGUAGAGAACAGAAGAGCCUUUAUGAAGCUGCGUCGCCAGCAGCAGGUGGAGCGAGAGCUAAAUGGGUACAGGGCCUGGAUUGACAGAGCAGAGGAGGUAAUGCUGGCAGAGGAGAGUAAGAAUUCAGGGCGAUCUCCAUUAGACGUGCUGAAGCGAGCCAGUAAGAAAACAGGAGCGAGAAGAGGAGCCCCGGGAGAUGACAAAACUUACACAGACAUGUCCACUGCCAGCAUGUCCCGGUGCAGGAUGAAUUUUCGCAGUGGUCGGCGAGGUCCGGCUGCAUACCUGCGCCGUAAAGAGAGAAUGUUACGAAUCUCUAUCCGCCGCAUGGUUAAGACAGACACCUUCUACCUGCUCGUGCUCAGCCUGGUGGCCCUCAACACCAUCUGUGUGGCCAUCGUGCACCACGACCAGCCCGACUGGCUCACCAUCUUCCUCUACUAUGCAGAGUUUGUUUUUCUGGGUCUGUUUCUGGCGGAGAUGUGUUUGAAAAUGUACGGCCUUGGAUUCAGACUCUACUUUCACUCAUCUUUUAACUGCUUUGACUGUGCGGUCAUUAUUGGAAGUAUUUUUGAGGUGGUGUGGGGUUUUUUCCGGCCCGGGAUGUCUUUUGGGAUAAGUGUAAUGAGGGCUCUGAGACUGCUGAGAAUUUUUAAGAUCACAAAGUACUGGGCCUCUCUGAGAAACUUGGUGGUUUCUCUGAUGAGCUCUAUGAAGUCCAUUAUCAGCCUGCUCUUCCUCCUCUUCCUCUUCAUCGUGGUCUUCGCUCUGCUCGGGAUGCAGCUCUUUGGUGGAAGGUUCAUUUUCGAGGAUUACACUCCCACCAACUUUGACACGUUUCCAGCUGCCAUCAUGACCGUGUUUCAGAUCCUGACAGGAGAGGACUGGAAUGAGGUGAUGUACAAUGGGAUUCGCUCACAAGGCGGAGUGCAGUACGGCAUGUGGUCAUCUAUAUACUUCAUAGUACUCACCCUGUUUGGAAACUACACACUACUGAACGUCUUCUUGGCCAUCGCUGUGGAUAAUCUGGCAAACGCACAAGAGCUUACAAAGGAUGAAGAAGAGGAAGAGGAGUUUUUCAACCAGAGGUAUGCCAGAGGCAGAGACGGCUUAAUAUCGGAUGGCAGACGGAGACCUUACCUGUACAGGAAGCGAGCCAUCCACAGAGGUCGACCUAACUUCCCAGAGGAGGCCGAUGGAGGGACUGGAGCUGCGGACGAACAGCCCCUGAACAGCUCCAGAACUUUCGCCAAUCGCCGCGAAAGACGAAGGAAGGUCAAUAUGUCCGUGUGGGAGCAAAGGGCCAACCAGCUACGCAAACGUCGUCAGAUGGCCAGCCGAGAGGAGCUGUUCGGGAGCCCCACAGAAGACACAGCAGAGACUCCCACUAUCCCCCACGCCCCUGCCCUGUCCUCUGAAGUGAGUUCGGCCCGCUUCCCCGAAUCGCCCAUGUCCGAAUCAGACCCACAGUCUAUAAGCAUUCCCAUCCCAGAACCCCCCACCUCUGAGCCUCUGGUGAAGAUCUCAGAGGAGAAAGCACCCGCCUCCAACCACCGCACCACUGGGGGGAGCCGUCACAGGAUGGCGCGUAAAUUCAGAGGGAUUGAGGAUGGGGCCAGGCACAGGAGACACAGGCACAGAGAGGCCAGAGCAGAGGCCAAGAGUCUGGACUGCACGCUGGCUCCGAAUGAAGGGGCAAAGGUCAAAAGGUCACUCAGCCAGGACCCGAGGGUGCUGGACGAGCAAGAUGAGAAAGAGGAAGAGAGAGAGAAGACUGAAGUUGUACAAGAUGAAGAUGGGACGUGUAUUGUGAAUCCAUAUGCUGAUGUGGGAGAGGAGAGCAGAAAAGCUUCCAUCGAAGACCCAGAUGUCCCAGACCCCCCUGAGUGCCAGCCGCUGGUAGACUGUAACUGGCCGGGGCAGACGGAUGCUCAGUCAGAUCAGUACGAACACCAGAAAAUCCCCAUAGAGACGGCACAGGAGGCCACGGAGUACAGCCCCAGCACCAUGGAAACAGAGAACCACCCCAGGACCAUGGGGUCGUUCAAACAUCACAAAAUGGAGAGUAGCGUGGCAAUUGACAUGUCAUCACAACCUCUGCUGGAGCUCACGCCAAUGACAGGGAGCAGUAAAGAGCUGGAGGCAUAUCAGUGUGAACAGAAAGAGAAAGAAGAUGACGAAACAGACGAAGAAGAGGAGGAGGAGCCACCACCCUUACCUCCGCCCAAACCUCCAGCUCCAGACAGCAUGUUCAUCUUCAAAGCUUCUAACCCCAUAAGGAGGAUUUGUCACUAUGUGGUGAAUCUGCGAUACUUUGAGAUGACCAUCCUGCUCGUAAUUGUGGCUAGCAGCAUUGCACUGGCAGCUGAGGACCCAGUCUGCACCAAUUCAGAAAGAAACAAGGUCCUGCGCUACUUUGAUUACGUCUUCACUGGAGUGUUCACCUUUGAGAUGAUCAUUAAGAUGAUUGACCAAGGCCUGAUCCUCCACGACGGUUCAUAUUUCCGUGAUAUGUGGAAUCUGUUGGACUUCAUCGUGGUGGUGGGAGCACUCAUAGCCUUCGCCCUAACGAAUGUGAUGGGAAACAACAAAGGAAGAGACAUUAAGACCAUCAAAUCCCUCCGAGUUCUUCGAGUUCUACGCCCACUGAAAACCAUCAAAAGGCUUCCAAAACUUAAGGCUGUUUUUGAUUGCGUGGUCACGUCUCUGAAAAACGUAUUCAACAUCCUGAUCGUUUACCAGCUCUUCAUGUUCAUCUUCGCUGUGAUCGCCGUGCAGCUUUUCAAAGGGAAGUUCUUCUACUGCACUGACAGCUCCAUGAACACAGAGAAAGAGUGUCAAGGCUACUACAUCGACUACAGCCGAGACAAGAAGGAGGUGAAGAGGAGAGAGUGGAGGAGACAUGAGUUUCACUAUGAUAACGUCUGUUGGGCUCUUCUCACGCUGUUCACUGUGUCGACGGGAGAGGGCUGGCCACAGGUCCUGCAGCACUCUACAGAUGUCACAGAGGAGAACAUGGGCCCGAGCCGAGGGAACCGUAUGGAGAUGUCCAUUUUCUAUGUGGUCUACUUUGUAGUUUUUCCGUUCUUCUUUGUCAACAUCUUUGUGGCUUUGAUCAUCAUCACCUUCCAGGAGCAGGGAGACAAGAUGAUCCAAGAGUGCAGCCUGGAGAAGAACGAGAGAGCUUGUAUAGACUUUGCCAUCAGUGCUAAGCCCAUGACCCGCUACAUGCCCCAGAACAGGCAGACGGUCCAGUACAGACUGUGGCACUUCGUGGCCUCGCCCUCCUUUGAGUACACCAUCAUGGUCAUGAUCGCUCUCAACACUGUGGUGCUCAUGAUGAAGUACCACUCAGCUCCUACUGCAUACGACUUCGUUCUAAAGCAUCUGAACACUGCCUUCACUGUACUGUUUUCUAUGGAGUGCAUCCUGAAGAUCAUGGCCUUUGGUUUUGUGAACUACUUUCGAGAUACUUGGAAUAUUUUCGAUUUCAUCACCGUACUUGGCAGCAUCACGGAGAUAGUGGUAGACUUACAGUCUGUCAACACCAUCAACAUGAGCUUCCUGAAGCUCUUCCGAACGGCCAGGUUGAUCAAGCUGCUGCGUCAGGGCUACACCAUACGGAUACUGCUUUGGACCUUUGUGCAGUCUUUUAAGGCCCUUCCUUACGUUUGUCUUCUGAUUGCGAUGCUUUUCUUCAUUUACGCCAUCAUUGGAAUGCAGGUGUUUGGGAACAUCAAACUCAAUGAUGACAGUCACAUCAACCAACACAACAACUUUAAGACUUUCUUUAGUGCACUCAUGCUGCUCUUCAGGAGUGCCACAGGGGAGUCAUGGCAGGAGAUCAUGCUUUCGUGUCUGUCUGGUCAGGAGUGUGAGCCGGACCCCUCCCUCGCCCCCUUCACCAUGUCGCCCGACCAUGAGGGGGGCUGUGGCACUGACUUUGCCUACUGCUACUUUGUCUCUUUUAUAUUCUUCAGCUCUUUUCUGAUGCUGAAUCUGUUUGUGGCUGUGAUCAUGGACAAUUUUGAGUACCUGACACGAGAUUCCUCCAUCCUCGGCCCUCAUCAUUUGGAUGAGUUUGUCAGAAUCUGGGGAGAGUAUGACCGUUUAGCAUGUGGGCGCAUUCACUACACUGCUAUGUAUGAGAUGCUAACACACAUGUCGCCUCCUUUGGGGUUGGGUAAAAAAUGUCCAGCCAAGAUUGCAUAUAAGAGGCUGGUAUUGAUGAACAUGCCUGUGGACGAGGACAUGACAGUUCACUUCACGUCCACUCUGAUGUCUCUCAUUCGCACCGCUCUGGAUAUCAAAAUCGCCAGAGGUGGUGAGGAUCGCAUUGCUCUCGAUUCUGAGCUGCAAAAGGAGAUCAGUAUUAUCUGGCCCUACCUCCCUCAGAAGACCUUAGACCUGCUUGUGCCCAUAAAUAAAGAUACUGACAUGACCGUAGGAAAAAUCUACGCUUCAAUGAUGAUCAUGGACUACUUCAAACAAAACAAGGCCAAGAAGCUUAGGCAACAACUUGAAGCACAGAAGAGUAACCUGAUGUUCAAACGCCUGGAUGCUUCUGCUCUGCCUGAAGACAUUCUGUCCAACACACAGCCUCUGCCCAUGAUGGCCCACAGCGCAGGAUCUGCUUUGACCAGAGGAGGCUUUGUGGCACUGAGCCCCAUCUCACCGCAGGAGCUAUUUUUGCAGCCCAUCAGCUCUGACAUCGACUCUAGUCAACCGGAGAAUCUGGUGGUCCAGUGCACACGGGGCCUUGUGGUCCCUCUGGAGCUCCUGGGCAGGGGCCUGGGUUUACGGGCCACUUCUAUGCCACGUCUGGUGGUAGACCUGCAGCCAGCGGAGGAUGCCAGCGAGUCCCUGAAGCGUUCAGUGUCGACUGUGGGCGACCAGCGGGUGAACGGGCUGUGGCAGGAUGAGCCGAGUCCAGAGAGGGUGUACAGGCCCCGUCACAAGAGCUACAAGGCUGCUGUGUCCCGGUCCGAGCGGCAGCAGGCGGAGAGGGAGCGCCGACACCUGCUCUCUCCCGACAGGUCCCGCUGUAACUCUGCAGACAGGAGCCAGCAGCCCUCACGCUCCUCCAGUGUGGAGAGAGCCAACACAGAGGACAAACAGGGUAACAGCUCUGACAGCCCAGUGCCCUCCACAUCAGAGUCCAGCACCCCCAGUGGUCGGAGGCCCAUGUCGCGGCCGCACAUCUCUUACUCUCCUCUGGCCAGCCGCCCUCAGCCUGAAGAUGAGGACGAGCCCGGCAGCCCAGAGACCAUCAGAAGAGUGAAGUCCAAGAGGGAGUCUAAAGACAAGAGGGAGUCUAAAGAGAGCAAAGCAGAGCGGAGGAGAAACCCCUCUCCUCCGCGUCGCUACCCCUCAGAGCCUUUCCUGGCUUCUCAAGAGCAGGACGACGAGCAGAGUCCCGACCCCACCGGCCCCAUAGAAACUCUCACGUUUGAGGCGGCUGUGGCAUGCAGCCUGGGCCGUGCCAACACUAUCAACAUAGGCGCGCGCUCUCGGACUGGCUGGCAGGUCCCCAACGGACACUUUCGAAAGCGCCUCGCCCAAACCACAUCUGUGACAGGGUGUGACCCCCUCAGUGACACAGAGGAGGAUGACAGGUGCUAG